CAGACGACUUUUCUCACUUGUCAGUUCUUGCUUGUCAGCAGGACUGGCUGGUGAGGGGCGACAGAGGGGCACUAAGGCGGGGCAGGCUGGGCACAGGGUGGAGCAGAGUAGGGGUCUGAACCUCUCCAUGGCUCAUCCUGCAGCUCAGGCUCAGCCUGCUCCACCCAGCUCCUCACUUUCUCCCCCUCCCUUACCACCCAGCUCUCCCUUUGCCUCCGAAUCCUGCCGUGGCCGCCGGGAGCUUCCGUGGCUUUGUUUAAGGGUAUAAAGAACCGAGGUGCUUUCUCCGGGACCAACGCACAGCACAGUGGCUAUCCCCCUGUCCCUGGCAGUAGUAGGGCAUCAUGGCUGGUUUUCACAGCUGCCUCCAGGGAGCACCUGGGGCCGGAGUCCCCUGUGAUCCUAGCCCUCUCUGAACCAUCUCAGGGGACUCUGCAGGGGAAGUGACAAAGUGACUGAAAGACUCCCUGGGCUGGACCCAGAGAGAAGAGGAGGCUGGGAAGGAACUAUAGAAACUCUCUCCACCUCACCCCAAGUGAGAACCUGCAGCUAUGGAGUCUCCAACCAAGGAGAUUGAAGAAUUUGAGAGCAACUCUCUGAAACACCUGCAACCUGAGCAGAUUGAGAAAAUCUGGCUUCGGCUCCGUGGACUGAGGAAAUAUAAGAAAACGUCGCAGAGGUUACGGUCUUUGGUCAAGCAGUUGGAGCGUGGGGAGGCCUCUGUGGUAGAUCUAAAGAAGAACCUGGAAUAUGCAGCGACAGUGCUUGAAUCUGUAUACAUUGAUGAAACAAGGAGACUUCUGGAUACAGAGGAUGAGCUUAGUGACAUCCAGUCAGAUGCUGUGCCUUCUGAGGUCCGCGACUGGCUGGCCUCUACCUUCACACGACAGAUGGGGAUGAUGCUAAGGAGAAGUGAUGAGAAGCCCAGGUUCAAGAGCAUCGUCCAUGCAGUGCAAGCUGGGAUAUUUGUGGAGAGAAUGUAUAGGCGGACAUCAAAUAUGGUUGGGCUGAGCUAUCCACCAGCUGUUAUUGAUGCGUUAAAGGAUGUGGACAAAUGGUCCUUUGAUGUCUUUUCCCUCAAUGAUGCCAGUGGAGAUCAUGCAUUGAAGUUCAUUUUCUAUGAAUUACUCACUCGCUAUGACCUGAUCAGCCGUUUUAAGAUUCCCAUUUCUGCACUUGUCUCAUUUGUGGAGGCCCUGGAAGUGGGGUACAGCAAGCACAAAAAUCCUUACCAUAACCUGAUGCAUGCCGCUGACGUCACACAGACUGUGCAUUACCUCCUCUACAAGACAGGAGUAGCAAACUGGCUGACAGAGCUGGAGAUCUUCGCAAUAAUCUUCUCAGCUGCCAUCCACGACUAUGAACAUACCGGAACUACCAACAAUUUCCACAUUCAGACCCGGUCCGAUCCAGCUAUCUUGUACAAUGACAGAUCUGUACUGGAGAAUCACCACUUGAGUGCAGCCUACCGCCUUCUGCAAGAAGAUGAGGAGAUGAAUAUUCUGGUCAACCUCUCAAAGGAUGAUUGGAGGGAGUUUCGAACCUUGGUAAUUGAGAUGGUAAUGGCCACAGAUAUGUCUUGUCAUUUCCAGCAAAUCAAAGCCAUGAAGACAGCCCUGCAGCAGCCAGAAGCAAUUGAGAAGCCAAAAGCCUUAUCCCUGAUGCUGCACACAGCAGACAUCAGCCAUCCUGCGAAAGCAUGGGACCUGCACCACCGCUGGACCAUGUCUCUCCUGGAGGAGUUCUUCAGACAGGGUGACAGAGAAGCAGAGCUGGGGCUGCCAUUUUCUCCUCUGUGUGACAGAAAGUCAACCAUGGUUGCUCAGUCACAAGUGGGUUUUAUUGACUUCAUUGUGGAACCUACCUUCACUGUGCUCACGGAUAUGACUGAAAAGAUUGUGAGUCCAUUAAUCGAUGAAACCUCUCAGACUGGUGGGACAGGCCAGAGGCGCUCAAGUUUGAACAACAUCAAUGCCUCAGAUGCAAAGCGAUCAGGUGUCAAGAGUUCUGGGUCAGAAGGAAGCGCUCCCAUCAACAAUUCUGUCAUCCCUGUUGACUAUAAGAGUUUUAAAGCCACCUGGACUGAGGUGGUGCACAUCAACCGGGAGCGGUGGCGGGCCAAGGUGCCCAAAGAAGAGAAAGCCAAGAAGGAAGCAGAAGAGAAGGCUCGCCUGGCUGCCGAGGAAAAGCAAAAGGAAAUGGAAGCCCAAGGCCAACCUGAGCAAGGCAAAGCUGAGAAGAAGACAUGUGGAGAAACGAAAGGUCAAGUCAAUGGAGCUCGGACAAACAAGGGGAAGAACCCCAAAGGUGACAAGGCCGGAGAAAAACAGCAGAAUGGUGACUUGAAAGAUGGUAAAACUAAGGCAGACAAGAAGGAUCACUCCAGCACCGGAAAUGAUUCAAAGAAAACAGAUGAUCCAGAAGAGUAGAAAAGACCUCACAUAGACUGGGGCUGCCAGUGUCUCGCGCCAUUUUAGCCGAGCUUCUUCAUUCUCCUACUUCCACAAAGACCCAUGUCUGGGGAAGGUGUACAGCUUUCAAAAUCAAGUCCCACAUUUGGCCUUCUCUCACGCUGUCUCCUCCCAGGGGCCUCUGGGGGUUGUCUUGUGGUCUUAGAAUUGUGGGAGAUUUUUCCCCCUGAGCACACAAACUCCACUUGAGGUUUGUUUUGCUUUGUGUUCAUUUUUGCCCCACUC